AUGAGAUACAGGCUCUUCCCUCCCUUGACUUUUUUAAAGUACCUGAGGAAAUUGCAUGUGUAUUAUUCCCCUGUGCGCAGCGAGAAGGCGGACGUUGCGAGGCGACUCAUUGUCUAUGCGUCCUCCCAAAAAAUAAAACAAAAGUACCCCCUAUUGACUGUAACAUGGGAACUCCUAGCAUAUGAAAAUCCACCCAUGAUAGAAGUAGAGUACUUAACUGGAGAAAAGGAGAAAAUAAAUAUAGAAUACUUCAGCGAUAGGCAGAAGAAGGAGAUUGUGGACAAGUGGAAAUACACGGGUAAUAAAGUGAACCGGAAAAGUGCCUUCUGGAAGUAA